AUGUCCGACAAAGAAGGCGCCGCUCCCGCCACCGAGCACCUGAACAUUAAGGUGACUGAUAACAACAACGAAGUUUUCUUCAAGAUCAAGCGCACAACGCAGCUGAAGAAGCUUAUGGAUGCCUUCUGCGAACGCCAAGGAAAGCAAAUGUCUACUGUUCGUUUCCUAUUUGAUGGCACCCGGGUUCGCCCUGAAGAUUCGCCCGAAACUCUCGAUAUGGCGGAUGGCGACACCUUGGAGGUCCACCAGGAACAGAUUGGAGGUUGCUAG